AUGAACUCAUCUGACCGUGAUCAGCACGAAAAUGGAGCUAUUGAUGAGUACGCUACUCAUGGAGAAGUUGCGGGACCAAGCGGGCCUCGUGAGUUCCACAUGCUGCUAGCAGUGGAUACUUCUCCAACGGAGUACAUAGAUACCGCCGAAUCGGUUCGGGUGAUUGAGGGCUCGGGUUUCGAGCUGACAAUGGAAAGAGGGCGGGAGCCUUCUACAUCGAGAAGUCCAGUUCCGGACGGCAUCAUGAGGGAAGCACUGCUCCCAUUUUUGACGAUGGAUGAGGUUGAACUCAGCCAUCAACUUCGACACUUCAUAGAAACUGAUGUGUCUGGAGUUAGAAGACUUGAUGUAAGCCAAGCCGACAGGCUUACAUCGGUCAGGGAUGCCGAGAUCCCAAAUUUCGAGGAUCUGAUUCUCGAAGCCAUUUUAUCGUCAGAGAGUAAAAUGGCUUCAGAAUCAGAUAUCUUCGAGAUAAUCAUUUCCCGGUAUCAGUUUUCGAUACCGGUAAAAGCGGCUUAUUUCCACUUCUGCGCCGCUAUCACCGAUAUGAUGGACGGUGAAAAAAUCCGUCAAAGCCAAGAAGUUGGUUUUGACGGAUUGUACCUCCUCGUGCAAAAAAGGGAAGGUUCGGAUUCGGGGCGUUCACUUGUCCCGAAGAAUGGUUCUUCCACUGAACCGUCCGAACACUAUCUGAGGAUGGUUCGGAAAACCAUCCAGAUCUUGGACGAAGGUAAUGGUGCUUCAAGAGAAGUCAUGAUGGACUUUGUCUUGAAUCACUAUGACUUCGAGGACGAGUCCCAGAUACCAGAACAGUUUAACCUGAGUCUGGGGCAUUUGAUCAGCCAAAAUCUAAUCGAGAGUAUUUGCGGUGGCAAAUACACGUAUGCCGAAGAAGAAUACGAAGCGAAAAGGGAGUAUUUGACGGAUUCAGAUUCUUUUUCGUCUCAUUCAUGUCAAAAUCAUGCGAUGGAUUCGUUUGAUGUGAAUAAUUCACAUACCAUCCAGAAAAACUGUAUUGCUGGCAAGGGUCAUUCUCCUGAAUACAUUCACCAUUUGGGACAUGUUGAUAUCAGAACUUCUGAAACAACAGAUUUCUGCUGUUCACAUAUGGGCAAUGAUUCAGGGUGCCUUGAGAGAAUGUUCACUUUCCAAAACACCGCCUUCCAGUCAUCUCAAGACAUACAGCUAAUGGAUAUAUCUUCAUCCAAUAUCACAGAACUUUCAGUCAUUCAGAACCAAAUACUGCCUUUGCCCAAUGGCUAUAAUUCAUUUGACCCCAUUACAUCGGAUGUUUCCAAGUUUUCAACCGUUUUAACUGCAAAUGUUUUUUAUUCAAAACCAGAAGACAUACAGGAUGUUUCUAUCCUUGAGAAUGUUUAUAUAUCUCAAGCGAUAGAUUAUCAGUCUAAUCGGUUAUGUGAAGCAAAUACGAUCAUCUCUCAUGAUGGAACUGUAAUAGCCACUCUCCAACCAAUGGUAUCUCAUGGAUUGAACUAUGAUGAAGUUACGACAACAGUAGCAGAUGACUCUUUUUCUCAUGCGAUGAGUCCUGCGCUCACUGAAUCACCGUUGAAAGAGGGUGUGAUCAGUUCACGACGAGAAAUAGAUCCUCGCAUAAAAAUAUUAUUAACUAUGGAUACUGAAGAUUUGGACAAAGCCCUACUCGAGAUACCAGAAAUAGACGUUACAGGGUUUAGACGACUGAAUGUGUCAAGUUUCGAUAAGCUAAUGAAAGUGAAACGUGCUAGCGAACCGAACUUUGAUCCAUUGAUCGUUGAAGCCAUUGUCAGAAGUCCAAGAAAGAAGGCAUCUAAAGCAUCUAUAUUCGAAUACAUAAUUGGUAACUAUGAAUUGAAUAUUAAUAUGAGAAAGGCUCAUAAUAUGUUCUGUGAUUCUAUGCUCAGUUUAUUGGACAGAAAAAUAGUUUAUCGGAAACGUGGUACAGGGCUUCGAGGCUUAUUCCUAGUUACAAAAGAUCAUCUGGAAACUUUGAAAAAAGUAGAAGAGAAACGAGAAUCUUCCAUAGAUUUUUAUACAUCGGAUUUGGAAGAGUAUGAAAUGAUCUAG